UUCAAGAUGGAAAUCUUGACCCCAAUAUGGCUUGACAAAUCGUUUCUAACACUUUGUUUGAAUGGUGGUGAAGAGAAAAGUGACGUGGAAGUUUCUUCGUUCGAAGUCUCCUCCGUCCUUCCUCCAGGGAACAACUAUGGCAGCAACCUGUUGAGGGUUAAAGUUAACUACAAGAAGAACGAGGAAAUAUGCAACGAAUCACUGAUAAUAAAAUUUCCUUCUGGGUAUAAAGAAAUAACUAAAUUAUUUGAUAAGCUGUUCGAGAAGGAGCCUUCAUUUUACAAUGAAUAUCUUCCAGAAGCAUUGAAUAUUACUGUUGACUUACCGGUGCCUAAGUCGUUUUACUCUCCAUUACCUGACGUAAUAGUCCUUAAUGAUUUGAAGGAGGAAGGCUACAAAAUGGCCGAUCGACGCAAAAUGUUGGAUUUCGAUCACUGUAAACAAUUCAUGAUAGCCUCCGCCACUUUUCACGCGGCAUCAUUUGCCGUUCAUAAGAAACGCCCUGAAACCGUCGAGUCCAUAGCUGUGGAUCCCUUGUACUCCUCGGAAUUAGCUCAAGGGUGUGCCGACAUGCACAAAGCACUGAUGACAAAUGGACUUUUAUGCAUGGUUGAUAGAAUGGAAAGAACUGAAAAAUAUUACAAGUAUGCGAAUGUUGUGCGCAAAAAUGCCGGCAUAAUUUGGGGGAAAGUUAUAGAACUCCACAAAAGACAUCCGACAUUCAACGUUCUCCAGCAAGCAGACCCUUGGACACCAAAUAUGAUGUUCAAAUACGACGAAACUGGCAAUGUGAUAGACAUAAAGCUCUUGGACUUUCAGGCAACACGAUACGGCUCUCCAUUAUGUUCCCUAGUGUUCUUUCUCUGGACGAGUGCAAACCACGACGUUCGUGACAGCAAAUUAGAGGAACUUUAUCAUAUUUACUGUGACGAACUCAAUUCAAAACUAAAAGAAUUCCACUGCUCUGAGUGCGUGUCCUUCGAAGACCUACGGGCAGGCAUAAAUCUUCUUAGUCCUGCAAUACUUGCCAUUUCUUCGUAUUUUUUCCCGUCUCUAACCAGUCCUCGCGUUAUUAGUAUCGAGCAGCGUUUCACAGCUGUAGCUGAGGGAAAAGUGAACCCGUAUGAAGAAAAUUAUGAUGAUGAGUACUGCAAAAAUAGCUUUUUAAAACUUUUGGGACAGUUAGAACGAACUGGCGUUUUUGACUCAAUUGAGUGUUUGUGAGUGAAGUUCAUAACAUUCCUAUUUUUUUUGUA